AAUUCACUCUCAUCUACAGUCUUCAAUCCGACCAGUACCCCGCAUUCCUUACCACCCAUCACUUUUCACAUGCACAUGAUAUCUCAUUAAACACUUCAAACUGAUGACAGACCGUGCCGCCUCCAACUCCUAUUUCCAUGCUUCGCCAGCUUCGACGUUUGACGAUUCAUACGAAAGCGAGUCAAGUUCGGGAGAGGAAGCCACAGUGUUUCUUCAGCAUGCGAGCGCAAUAUAUCGACCGCCAUCCAGGUCGAGGCCGAGUACGCCGUCCACAGUAAAAGAUCAUGAUAUGAAAUUUGUGCAUUCUACCGCUAUAUCGCCUUCCAACCCCUCAUCGCCUAUUGCCUCUCCUCGAUUAUCAUCCUCUUCCUCUCGACCCACCUCACCUACCUUAAUCACGUCUCCGAAAGUUUCGGCUCGGCCAAAACGAGAACUUCCUUCUGGAUUUGUUAUCACUAGAGCAUCCGUUGUUGUCAUUGCCUUAAUUGUACUAUUUGCUUUUGGCACCCUUUCCGCCUUUUUCGAUUCCUUUGUCAACUACCAGCGAGACCCGAAGGGAUGUCAAGUUUCCUACAUGAGACCAUCCUUUGUAAAACAAGAUAAUUUCGAUAGCGAAAUGACAAAGUUCGCUGGUAAAUAUACCUUAUACCUCUAUAGAGAAAAAGGCGUCGACAACAGUGACCAGCCUGUAGGUGUCCCCGUCUUAUUUAUUCCUGGGCAUGCUGGAAGCUACAAGCAAGUUAGAUCUAUAGCUGCAGAGGCAGCUUACCUUUUUUACGGUCAAAAUGGCCGGCACACGGAAGAUUGGGAUCGUGGACAGGAAAAUUUGGAUAUUUUCACAGUUGAUUUCAAUGAGGAGUUUUCAGCAUUGCACGGACAGUCUAUACUAGAACAAGCCGAAUACCUCAACGACGCUAUAGAUUAUAUUCUUAAAUUAUAUCCACAAACUCGAAAAAACGAUGGUCGCUUCAACCCUUCCCUACCCGACCCUCAAUCUGUCAUCAUCAUUGGCCAUUCCAUGGGUGGUGUAGUCGCCCGGGCCAUGCUUACAAUCGACAAUUAUCAACCUGGACAUAUUAACACCAUAAUUACUUUAUCAACACCUCAUAUUUCACCACCGGUGCCGUUUGACUGGAUGAUAUCCAAAAUAUACAAGGACAUACAUCAGUUCUGGAUUGAUGGUUAUUCGACGGCUAUAAACGACCGAGAGCGAUCCUUACGGGAUGUUGCUCUUAUUUCCAUUGCUGGAGGCAGCCUUGAUAGCAUUGUAUGCUCUGAUUCCGCCAACAUUGGGGCUAUCGUACCUGCGACUCAUGGCUUCACCGUUUUCACUACUGCCAUUCCCAAUGUGUGGACAGGCAGUGACCAUCCUGCUAUAUUGUGGUGCAACCAAAUUGUUGGAGUUUUGGCCAAAUCUUUGUUAGACAUUGUAGAUACUCGACGAGGCGGCCAGACAAAACCUUUGGAUGCCAGGAUGCAAGUGUUCAGAAAGGCUUUUUUGAGUGGAUUAGAACAAGAUCGCCGAUCAAGCGAUAUCCCUUUUGUACCAUCACCCGUCGUAAGCCUUCCUGGAGAUAGUCAAGAUUUCAUCGAAGAUGGGUACCGGAUAGCGAUUCGCGGUUCCACUACAAACACAUAUCGCAUGCUUCGCAUACCCUUCCAGCUUGACACAACGUUGACCCAAUUUGCAGUCUUGUCGGAUAUACCUCUCGGUGAAUCGCAACGGUUUAGCAUGCUGCUCUGUAAUCCGUUGGAAAACACAUAUAGACCUAUCAGCACCACCAAGAGCAACCAUACAAUGACCUGUGUCGAUGCAUCAGACGUAGCAGUCCCUGUUCCGGCAUCGUCCAUCAAUGACCGAUACCCUUUCGAUGGUAACAAAUUUUACUUUCUGAAAAUGCAUGUCUUGGAAAUGGUCGGAUACGAAUACGUUAUGUUUGUCGAUCGAGGUGGCCCUGCUGGAUUUGUGCUUGCUGAGUUUUACGACGAACUAUCCACUCGACAGGUCGUUGAUGUGUCCAUGACGGAUAUUGCUUUGGGUGGAGUAUCGUUCUCAACCUCUACCACGUCCAACACCAUGCUGUCAUCCGUGCAAAUACCUGCCAUGGAGAGCGCCAUGCUUGCUUACCAUCUACGCGUGUCACGACCGAACUGUAAAGCGUCACAGAAUCUUUUUGCUCCAUUCUUGCGACAGUCGAUCUCAAGUAUGCACGAGUCCAAAUUCUACGUCAAUCUAGGGGGUGAAAGCGGUAACGAUGUGACCGAUGUUUCCUUUCACGGACAAGCUGCUUUCACUAGCAAUCCGGCUUCACAAAGCGGCAAUGACCAUAGAGGCCUUCUAUUACAAUUCUGGAUGGAUCCCACUUGUCCAGAACCAAUGGAAGUGACAUUGGAGGUCGAUUGGUACGGUAGCAUGGGACGUCUAGCCUUCCGUAACGGCGUAGUCCUUGGCGUAUUUCCAUUCAUCAUUGUGGUCAUGGUUGUUCUAGCCCAGAUCCAGUGUUAUAAUAAGACAGGCAUCUUUCCUCAUUUUGGUCAAGGCUUGGUGUAUUGUUUGCGAAAGUCAUUUCCCUUGUUUCUUGUUCUCGCUAGCGCCUGUAGUAUAUACCAAACCAUCGCCCCUCCCACCACCUACACUAUUAGCGAAAUACUGCAGUUGGGUCCUGCCACUUCUCAAAGGGUACCAGAGCGGAUAGCAAGAGCAACAUUUGACUGGGAUGAAGUGAUCCUAGGCAGCCAUGAUCCAUUCUUUUGGUGGGUGCCCAUCGUGUUCUUCGUCAUCAGCAUCGGGACAGUCGUCUUGGUGUGGGGUAUUCUAAAUCUAGUGCUUCGCGUGGCAAGCAUCAUCGCUACGCAAGUUAAACGUCGAAAACCCCCCACUGUUUCUACGGAACCUGACAUGAGACGACUUCAACGUAGAGUCAUCACGACCAUUGUCUUGUUCUUAUUGGUCGCCACGGUCAUUCCUUACCAAUUCGCAUUUGUGGUGGGAUUCUUAGUUCAGCUGGUUACGUGCUCCCGCGCCAUUGUGAAGGCUUCGUUUACAUCCGACCCAGUUCGUAAACGAAAGUACUGGAACCGAUAUCACUAUCUUCAAUCUAUCCUUAUCCUCCUCUUCACGCUAUUGCCACUCAAUGUCCCAGUCUUGAUGGUAUGGAUACGGAAUCUGUCUGUGCACUGGUUUGUGCCCUUUUCUUCCGACCAUAGUGUCCUUGCCAUCGCACCCUUCAUGAUCUAUGUUGAGAUGAUGACUGGAACCCGGAUGCUACCUCGGUCUCAGGAUUUUAAAUUGAAGUGGGCCACCAACGCGAUUUUCUGCGCAGUUAUUGUUUAUGGUUUCCUUUAUGGUGUAAAGUUCACACACGCUUUGUACAUGUUGGGCAAUCUAUUGGUUGUAUGGUUGUUAAUUUUGCAUGCUCGACACUCUUGGCUUUCGAAGGCGGUGUAUGUAUAUGUAAUGGAGCAUUUUCGGUUUCAAACAAAGAAGAGAUCAUAAAUGAGCCCUGUUCUUUCUGUAUUUCUUGUACCUUUUUGCAUUCUCUGUUUUCUCAAAGCAUUUCGUUCCAGCCAAGACUUUACCAAUAAACCGGCUAUUUGUUUUUUUGACACUCUCCCG